AUGUCCGCUGCCGUUCUGUGCCCAAUGCUGACUCGGCCGGCAUGUUCUGGGACAGGGCGGUUUGCAGUGUUUGGGCAGCAAGCAAUACACGCUACUGUCGAUCAUCCGUGGCGCGUGCGGGCGGUGGUGGCGGGCAUCAUCACAUUCAAGCUCGACGCUCGAGCCACGAUGGACGAGCUAGUCGCAUGCCAAACCCUCGGUGCCGACAUUGUCAAGACAGGCCGACCCAUUUCAUCGCAUCAGUGUAGAAUGGCGUUUGUCUGUGCGUCCUCUGGGUCCUCAAACAUGCAGCGCAUCACCUCCUGCGGCGCGGUGCUCCUUGCGACAACCUUUGGCGAGAAACCCGUUCAUGCGCAGUCGGAGUCGGGCACAGAUUUGCAUCCACCCAUGUCCGCAGGAUCAACCGGCAAAAGCAAGACGGAAUGCCUCAUCUCGGGUACCUGCUGA